GUUUAAAUUCAAUCGAUGAUAUCUCUUCAAUUGUUCUUAUAACAACAUUUUAAAUACACCCCAGAGGUGAAUCAAUAAUCACAGAUCUCCUCAGGAAAAUAUCAGUUCUUUAAAUGGUAUCUUAAAUGAUCAAGAAGCAAGUGUUUAUAUGCUUGACGACGUGACGUCACUAAGUUUGUUUUCAAUAUGGCGGCUGACUGGAGAAAGUAAAAUUUCAUUUUCUCCGACAUUUUUGUUAUUUACUGCUUAUCCAUGACUCGUAGGAUUAAAUAAACUUACAAAGCUUACAUCGGAAUACUACAAGAAUAAAAUGACAUCAUUACUAUGUGUAAAACGGCCUGGUGGUUUAGUGGAUGUGCACAAUGCUAGCACCUUGGACAGGCUCAUCUCAGAUGCAAAUGACCACACCAAAACAAUGAGAGUAGAAAAAACAGUAUUGAGACAAAACAAAACUCCAAUGAGGCCACAUACAUCCCCAAGCCUCUCACAGCAUGCCAAUGAUAUGGAUACCAACACUCUGAUAGGGCAAUCGAUGAAAGUCCAGGACUGGUUGAAUGAAAGAACUAUACAGAAUGUACAGGAGAGGGCAGAUCAAGAGGCCAAGUCUACUAGGAAACUUUAUGAUGAUUUACUACAUACCGAGAACACUUUUGUUAGGGAUGUCGAUGAAUAUUUAUUAUACAAAAAAGUAUUAGAAGAGAGGAAAAAAGAACUGUUGCAUAAAAAAUGGGCAGAACGAGUACAUGAGCCUAUUAGACAACAGAUUGUGAAUGAAAUGAACAGUUUUAGAUAUAAGGAAUUAGAAAAAAGGAAAAGAGAAUUAUAUAAAGAAUAUUUAGAAUUUACAAAUAAAAAGGGUCAUGUAUUCUUGGACACUAUAGCUCCGGAUGAAUAUUUUGCUCUUGCCUUACAUCCAAGUAGACCAGCACCAUUAAAGGCAGAGACUAGCCAUUUACGAGAUCCCCUAAUAUCCCAAGCCAGAGAGCGUCAUAAUGAAGAGCGAGCAAUAAUGCGCUGCAUGACGGGGGCGACAUACCGAGAUCGGGACCUCGAGGCUGUCAAGCUCCCACCCCUACCCCUGGUUCCUCAGGGACGUCAUGGCACUGAAUGUAAAACUUGGCUAGAAAUGCCAUUAAAUGACAUAGAGAGUCCUAUAAGACACGCAAGCAGGAUGAAAUUGACAUCCACGUUGCAUGCAUAGUGCCACCUAGUGGCAGUGACAGAGGAUGAAGGGAGUUUUCAAUGAAUGUCACUUUGACCUUGAACAAUGGUCUAAAAUGCCAUUCUCACCAAAAAUCCUUGAUGAAGAAAUGAAGACACAGAAAAAACGGACAUACGAGAAUAUGCAUCCAUCUGUAUCACAGACUCAGUUUAUAUUUCCCAAGGUGGGACGUAAACAAAACAAUGAGGUUGCCAUGGAAACACUUGCAGUAUCACAUGCAAAUGAUAUGACGAAUGAGAAGAUGUUAUUUCUGUAGUAUUAUGUGAAACAUCAGUAUUGUAUUGUUGUAUUGUACUGUUGUACUAUUGUACAGUGGUCACCGCUUCUUCCUAUGCUUGACAGACACAAAAUGUUUUUUAUUGUUUUAUUUUAAUUUAGAUUUUUUCAUACACUAUGUUAUUCAAUGAACCACAAUUCCAAGGAUUGCAUGAAAGUCAAAUGUACAAAUCUUUUUAAUGAAAUUUUAAUGUGUUCUAUUUAUAAAAAUAAUUGUUCUCUAUUGUGAUUUUCUGAUUGCUGUAUUUAUACCUCUAUAUUACAUAUAUUUCAUACUGUUGACCACCUCUGGGGGAUCGAGGGUCCCCCUUUGUGCCUCAAAAAUUGGCCUUUUUGGCAUAACUUUUAAAGACCAAAUUAUCAAAAUAUAGGCCUUACAUUUUCAAAGUUUUGGCCCAAUUUUGGGUUUUAGGGGCCCAAAAUUUUCCUGACUAGAAAUGUGCCCCCUUGUUAGCUUCUGGAUCCCCCAGUGAUCACA